AUGAUCCCAUUACCAAUUGCCUUCCUUUUUUUAUGCGUCGCUCAGCGUAUGGAAGGUCAGAGGAUUCCUGAGGUUGACGUCGCUGCAGAAUUUGCCCCACGAAGAGGACCAGAGCCUACACUCAAUAAUCGCCCUGAAAUCCGAUAUUAUUUGCACGAAGAUCAAUCUAGCAGGGCCUAUCCACCCCUGGAUCUCCGUCAGGCUCCCCCACCUUCUGCGAGGGUAGAUCAAUCGAGAUUCGCUGGCGACGAGCUCCCCCCGCCUUCACGACCUCAUGGGAAUACCUUCCCGCGAUUGUCUGCUCCCCGGGUAUUCUGCUACGCUCCCGAGCUUCGCAGCGGCUUUCAGGACGUGCCGUUCCCCAUUUCCAAUGGAAGUGGGAUCAAAACCAGGGUUACACAUUGGCUCCAAGACCUUAUCAGACAGGGCACUAUCAGGUCUCACCUAAGACACGAUAUUCACGCUGUAAAGGACUAUAUCGUGAUACAAACGGCCGAGUCUUUGGUCGAUAUCCGCGAGUUGAUUCACGGAGACAUGCUUAAGUACGACCGGGAUAUUCAGAUAAACAGUCAAGAGAUCGCCGAUAUACUCCGAUACGCUCUUACGAAGCCCAGCGUCAACCGCCUAACUCCUCUUGCCGAUCUGGCCAAUCGAUUGGCUGACUUCAACAAGCUUGACCUGGACGCUUCUCGGAGUGCCAUCCGCUCAUACAGCGAUCCGCGGGUACACUCUUUGGCUGAUUUGCAUGGACUUUUGGGACCCCAAAAUGUCUUCAAAAGGCCGUUGACCGCCUUACUUUGGCACACAACCUUCCCGGGUGGAGGGCCGGACACUUUUGACCGACGUAUAUUUGUCGAGGAACUCCAACAAUUACAGAUGCACCUCGCAGAGCUGGCCGAAUACCUGCGCGGGCCCGACGGCAUUCGAGCCGGUUCCCCACCUCCCCUGCGCUCGAUCGACGCGAUAUGUAACUUUGGAGAAAAACAAGAUGGACUUUUUGGAGGCCGCGCAGCCUUCCAAGGAUUCUUGUUGGAAACCACUCAAUCCGAGGCUUACAAAGCUCUUCAAAUUGAACUCGAGUCUCCGAAUGACAUAGCCAGUUACGAACUUCAGUUCGUGCAGCUACCAGGGGACGCGCAGACAUUGAAAAGUGUCCUUCAACCUGCACAUGGCGGUGUUGUUUUUACUGCUAGCGAUGUCCUCUUGAAUUCCUUGAAGAAACUCCAACAAUUGGCCCUUGAAAACACUGUAAAACGUUUGGAUAUUGCAACCCAAGCCUGGCAGCUCAAACAACAAAUGUUAUCUUAUUACACUCCCACGGGUUUCAGUAGCUUAUCCAGGUUAGACUGGGAGAUGCCCACUGUUGAUUUCAGCAAUGCUUGA